CUUUCAGCAUUGUCAAUUGCUAAUACACUAUCAGCGAUGAUAAAUGACAAAAGAAUCUAUAGGAAAAGCUUUCAGUCAUCUAGCACGGCAGAAUUCGAAUCCACGUAA